AUGGAGGAAAAAUCAUUCACAAUGCAAAUGUUAAUAUUAGUUGUUAACAUACUCCGUAGUAAACAAGUAAAAACACGUUACUCAUCGAGAUCAUCUGCACCGAGGGGUUUCUUGGUGGUUUAUGUAGGGGAGAGUAAGGAUAAGAGUCGAUUUAUAGUUCCGAUUUCGUAUUUAAAGACUCAAUUAUUUCAAGAUUUGUUGAGGUUUUCAGAGGAAGAAUAUGGAUUUGAGCAUCCCAUGGGAGGUCUGACAAUCCCAUGCAGUGAAGAAGCAUUCUUGAAUGUUACUUCUCGUCUACAUGAACUGCGGUUUAGAGGGAAAAACUAUUUGCAUUGA